AAGUUUUAGUCAAAACUCUUUCUCACGAUCUUUCAAAUAUCUAGAAUGCUCAAUACUUAAACGGAUUAGAUCGUUUGAUCUAAAAUAUAUACUUUUCUUCGAGACAACUGAAUUAAUAUUUUAGAUCUAAUAUGUAACUUACUCUAAAACGUUGUAAUUCCCCCAUUUUUUUCUUUCAAUUAAAAGUGGAUUGGCUGUCAACAUAAGUUGUUUAGGGUUUGUCAUAUGGAUUAACGACAAAAUUUGGUAGUUAACGAUGAAUGAUUAAACUGGAUUCCAUUUCCCAAUCCGCCCGUGAACAUGAUUGACUCCAUAAUUGCCUAGUCUUUCUUGUUCCCAUUCCUUCAAGUGGAACAACCAUAAAAUGAUCAUUAUCUCGUUAUUAGGCAUUUUAGCCCAUCAUCAUCAUCAUCAUCAUCUACAUUUCUAAUUAGUCGUUUCCCCUGUUUUUGUCUGCCUCUGUUUUUGCUCGCUUCAUUUUGGUAUCAGCUCACCAUCAAACCUUCUAUGGACCCCAAGGAAAAGAACAAUUGAUGUUAGAUCAAAUCAGAUUACUCAAAUCGUCACUCUCAAUCGAAUCUUACGCUAAUUCAGUAUGAUCCCCCACCACGGCAAACAUAUUCCCCUCCUCUAGUCGCGAGAAUAAGAAGAGACAGAAGGGGGGUUUUAUCCUCAAAGAUUUGGGCUUUUCACGGGAGCUUGAUUUUGAUUCUCCUCUUCUCAUACAACCCAUCAGCUUUCUUUUCCACCAACCAACAUAGCUGCAUGAUAUGCUAGAAGACUAGAAAAGGCUAUCUCUCUGUUCUCUAUGGUCGACAUAAUCCUCCACUCAGAGUAGAUAGCCAGAGUGUUCAUUUUCUUCUUCUUCUUGGGUCUCAUUAUACAUUCCCCAAUCUUUCCUUUGUCCUCUGCUGCCAAAGACCAAUCAAUCAAUGUACAUUACCCAUAUCCAAAACAAAGACACAAUGCAAAUCCUUGCACAUUCUCGUCUCCAUUCCGUCUCCAUUUCGCUCCUCUGCAUUUCCCUUCUCAUCAUUCCCUCGUCGGCCAAUAAUCCCACCCCCGCUCGCCGGCCGCCGCGCCAGCUCUCCGUCAAUUACUACGCCAAGUCGUGUCCAAACCUUGACCAGCUCGUCGCCUCCGUCACUUCACAGCAGUUCAAGGAGUCCCCUGUCUCCGGCCCCGCCACCAUCCGCCUCUUCUUCCAUGACUGCUUCGUCGAGGGUUGCGAUGCUUCGAUACUGAUAUCCACAAAGCCCGGAAGCAGAGAAUUGACAGAGAAGGAAGCAGAGGAUAACAAGGACUUGAGGGCAGAGGGAUUCGACACCGUUCACAAGGCCAAGGCCCUCGUCGAAAGCAAAUGCCCCGGCGCCGUCUCUUGCUCCGACAUUCUUGCCAUUGCCGCCAGAGACUUCGUCCAUUUAGCAGGUGGGCCGUACUACCAAGUGAGGAAGGGAAGAUGGGACGGAAAAUUUUCGAAAUCAACAACGGUGACAAACAACAUCCCACGCGCGAAUUCCACCGUCGACGAGCUUCUCAACCUCUUCGCCUCCAAAGGGCUGUCGCUGCAAGACAUGGUGGUCCUCUCAGGUGCCCACACAAUUGGGUUCGCCCACUGCAAGCAAUUCGUCGGCCGGCUGUACAACUACAAGGGGACGAAGAGACCCGACCCGGAAAUGGACCCGAGGCUGCUGAAGGCGCUGCGGAUGUCGUGCCCGCAAUUCGGCGGCGGAGCCGGCGUGGUGGCGCCGUUCGACGUUACGACGCCGUUUUUGUUCGACCAUGCUUAUUACGGAAACCUGGAAGGGAAAUUGGGGUUGCUGGCUUCGGACCAGGGUUUGGCUCUGGACCCGCGGACCGGACCGGUGGUUCGGUUGCUGGGGAAGGAUAAGGAGAGGUUCUUUGAGUGGUUCGCGGUGGCGAUGGAGAAGAUGGGUUCGGUUGGAGUCAAGAGAGGGAGGAGACAUGGGGAGCGGAGGAGAGAUUGCACCGUACACGUGUCUUGAAUUUUUUUACAUUUUUUUGUUUUGUUUUUGUGGAGGGUUAUUUUUGAAAGAGAGUGGACGGGCUUUGUUGUAGAGAUGUGGGCAGUUCGGGGCCCAACUUCCUAUAAUGUUAUUGGGCUCCCGUGUAUAGCAAAUUACUGCUUCGCCGAGCCCAAUAUUAAAUUUCUUCUCCAUGGCUCAUUACCGGCCCGCUGCAAUCCAGUUUCCGCAAGGAAAAAGGAAAGAAGAACAAAACAAGGAUUCUUGU